UUGAUGUAUAUGGUGAGGCAAUAAUUAUGUUGGUCAGCUCCAGUGGGUCGACAGCAUACUUUUGUACAUAGUACUUUGGGGUUAUACAGCCAAACGGUGUAUUAUUUCGUUAAAAAGGUGGGAGAGUCACAAUAUUUCGACGCAACAUGAAAAUGGAAGGAAAAUAAAAGAAUGGUGUUGAAAUACAAAUGGCCACUGCCAGCGUUAUACUUAAGUACACACGCACUCUGGUCGCGCGGGUUAUGUCUGCGAGCGCAGCAUAGAUUUCACGUCACGAGCCAUAUCAGUAGCUGUAGGAGGGCAGCAGCAGCAGCAAUAGCAGCGGUGGCAGCGUUGUUCGUUUAGUGGGUAUCGGUGGUGGUGGCCAGCAAUUUUGCUCUCAAUCGCGUUCCAUUUCUGUAUCUACGCGGUAGCGGAUUUUCGAUUCCUCAAUGAAUCGGCUGGCGACGUUUUCUCUAGUGUAGCAAAGCGAUUUGUGCGUCGUGUCUCGGAAAAAUGUGAUUAUUACGUUUUAAAAGAAAUAAGUGAUAAGCAUUAAAAAGUAAUUGCAAUUUCAGCAACUUAUUUUCAAAUUAUAACAGUGCGUUGUGUUUUUGUAUUCGGAUUACACCUUCUUUGUGUGACGGUUUGUGCUGCAAGAAAUUCACCAUAGCUUAUUCGCAAAGUGAAGUGUCAUAUUGUUGGUGGUUUGUGUGUCAAGUUUUGAUACACACAAAAACAUACAUACGAAUUCUUUAGUGUAACUGCAAUUUGUAGUGAUUUCCACCGAGUAGCAGUACCAACAAUCAUUUGCCAUAUUUCUGCAAUUCGUUUGGUUUACUAUCUUUUCCAGGCACUUACUUGCCCAACCGUAGUACCAAAGUAAUAUACUUCAAUAGUGAAAAAACUACGCCUGUCUUGGGUGCUUUUGUGCUGCGUCGUCGUUUUCGUGUCAAGUUCGGUUGUUUAGUUGUAACUACUUCGACAAAGUGGUCCGCAUCUUGAAGUGCGAAAUAUUUGUGGUAAAAGUGCGUUGAAGUUUUAUGCCAAAAUUUGCUCAAAUGCAGAAAUAAAAUAAAUGAAAAGUGUUAUUCAUGCAUUGCCACUGCUUAAAAGUGUAAAAAUAUUUUAAUUUUCAUUAAAUUACAUGCAUAUUAUCUCACACAAUUUUUUACAAGUGAAAAAAUUGCUAGUGGAACGGUCAAUUGCCAAUAAACAAGGAUAACUGUGCAUCGCAGUUUGCUUUCGUCUUUGUUUUUCAAAGUAAUAACAAAUGAUUGGUAAAGCUUAGAGAUUUUUGCAAAUUGCACAACAAAAUUAAAGGCCAAACUUCGAACUAAAUUUCUAUAAAAUCAAAACUCAUUAACGAAAACGCCAAGUUUUUCAUAUCGAUUUAAUGCAUGAGCGCGCAUUAAAUUUCUUACAGCAGAAACUAAGCGAUUACUACAGCAACAACAACAACAUCUAUAUUAAAGUGAAAUAAUUAUAGAGAUUCAUAGUAUUGAUGAAGGCCCGCGAACACCUUUCGUAAAAGCAACUCAACCAACGCAUACAUACAUAAAUUAAGGUGUUGGUGCAGGAAAGAAAGGAACUCUUGAACACGACGAGCAAAUCGUAUUGUAAGUCUGCGCGCCUAAAUCUAUGCAAACAAUAUCUAACAAAUAGUCUAAAGUCACACGCACGCACACACACAGAAAACGCUCGCUCGUAUUUGUGGUAAUUCUUGUUGUUGUUGAUGGUGGUGGUGUUGAUGGUGCUUUUUGUACGUGUUAGUGCAUUUUAACCCCCUGAAAAAAGAAAACUAAAGCGGAGGGAAACCACAUUCACCCAAGUUUCGAACCGAAAAUCUGCCAUGGGUGCAAAUGUAUCGCAGCUGGAGCGUGAGAUCGGCUCCGACCUCUUUCCGGCCAACGAGCAUUACUUUGGUUUGGUAAAUUUCGGCAAUACCUGCUAUAGCAACUCUGUGCUGCAGGCGCUCUACUUCUGCAAGCCUUUCCGCGAGAAGGUGCUCGAAUACAAGGCGAAGAAUAAGCGCCCCAAAGAGACGCUACUCUCUUGCUUAGCCGAUCUAUUCUAUAACAUUGCCACGCAGAAGAAAAAAGUCGGUUCGAUCGCACCGAAGAAGUUCAUUGCACGCCUGCGCAAAGAGAAGGAGGAAUUCGACAAUUACAUGCAACAGGAUGCGCACGAGUUUCUCAAUUUCCUAAUCAAUCAUAUUAACGAGAUCAUUUUGGCCGAGCGGCAUGCCAGCAAGAAUGGUGCCAAUUUUAAUGGUAGCGGCAAUGUUGGCGGCGUCACCUCCACUGCCAGCAAAUCGUCCUCGUCUACCAGCACAUCGACAACUGCCUCGAAUUCAACGUCCAACGGCACCUGCACCAAUUCAUCCGGCUCGCUAAACGGUGUCGGCGUCGGCAUUGGUAUUGGCGAUAGCGCCUCGACGCCAACGCAAUCGAAUGCGGCCAAUACCGAACCCACGUGGGUGCAUGAAAUCUUUCAAGGCAUACUAACGUCGGAGACACGUUGCCUCAAUUGCGAGACCGUUAGUAGCAAAGAUGAGAAUUUCUUUGAUCUACAAGUCGACGUUGAUCAGAAUACCUCGAUUACGCAUUGCUUGCGUUGCUUUAGUAACACCGAAACCCUGUGUUCGGACAACAAAUUCAAAUGCGAUAACUGCUGCAGCUAUCAGGAGGCACAAAAGCGCAUGCGCGUCAAAAAGCUACCAAUGAUAUUGGCGCUGCAUUUGAAGCGCUUCAAGUAUAUGGAGCAAUUUAAUCGCCACAUUAAGGUCUCACAUCGCGUCGUGUUCCCACUGGAGCUGCGUUUGUUCAACACGUCGGACGAUGCCGUCAAUCCGGAUCGUUUGUACGAUCUUAUGGCCGUGGUUAUACACUGUGGAUCGGGUCCGAAUCGCGGUCAUUACAUUAGUAUUGUGAAAAGUCAUGGGCUCUGGCUGUUGUUCGACGAUGAUAUGGUCGAUAAAAUUGAGGCUUCAACCAUCGAGGAUUUCUACGGUCUGACAUCGGAUAUACAGAAGUCCUCGGAGACGGGUUAUAUAUUGUUCUAUCAAUCGCGCGACUGUGCGUCAUCGUAGAGCGCCCAAGCGUACGUUCAAAUUAUGCAAGAUGCUAUGUAUUUAUGGAAACGUUUGUGAAAGUAGCUACUCAUGAAUUUAUAGAAUACAACAAUUAUUGUUUAGCGUAAGGCUUUUGAAAUCAAUGUAGCUUUCAGAAAUCUCUGAGAAGCGAAGAUGUAUGUAUUGUAGUUUUAGGUUAUGCUUAACUGUUAAGUUGAUUUAUUGCUUUGGGGUCUUUUACAAAAUGUAUCGCUGCUGCAAAGUUGCUGCACAGCUCUUAUCGUAGCAUACCUUUAGGAUGUGUUGCGCGUAAAAUCGUAAUUUUUCGGGCUCAGUCGUUUGUAUAAUUUCUAUAAAUAAACAAUAAUAAUUUUAAAAUAAUAAAGUAGGUGUCACCGUGCAUGCAAUACACUUUUUAAACAAAAAUGUGUGUCAUUCAUCCUGAAGGUAUGCAACAUAACUUUUGCUGCUUAGUAGAUUGCCUGCGGAGCUUUCGGUUUGAGCGUUGGUGCAUGCAGCGCUGUUACAUUUUGUUACGUUUAAAAUAUAUUCGCACUUUCUCUUCAAAUAUUUAGUUAAAUUUAUAUCUUUAUCAUGCCAAUACUCGUUGGCGCAGUUAAAUAAUGAAAUUCUGAGUGCGAGCGAGUUUCAAUAAAAUUCUAUAUAUUUAUAUAUUUAUUAAAAAAAAUGUACUCUAAUAGUUUUUAUUGCAAUUAAUUAUUUGCUGUUAUCGAUUAUUGUAUAAUUAUGAAACAAGAAUUGUAAUCGUUUUCGAUUAAUCAUGUUUAGUUAGUUUUUAUUAUAAUUCAAUAGUAUGCUUUUAACUAAAAAAUUAGUUUAUUUCAAUUAAAAUAUAUAUACAUACAUACAUAUGUUACAGAAUCUGCUAUACGCAUAGGCUACAUACAAAUAUUAUUGUCCAUCAUGUUUUAUUUAAGUGAACAAAAAUUAUAAAAAUAAUAUUUUAGAUUAGUUUCAAAGCUAUGCUAGUAACUAGUUGCAUAUAUCUCUAUUGCUAAAUAUUAUACAUACACCCAUACAUAUUAAAUAAAAAUGUUGAAAACGGUCAAAUAA